ACGUAAUCGCCAACGGCGCAGCAGAAGUAAGUGAAAACGCCAUGUUGUGUCUGUGUUUUAAUGUGAAUCUCUCUGUAUUUUCACAGUUAUUGCUAAAUAUAUGAGAGUUUAACGUGCUUUGUUUGGUUAAUUUUGAAACUUCUAAACAUUAUCUAUGUAAAUAUGUCAGAAUCAACAAAUAAUACGGUUCACUUUGUUAAUAAGGUUCCAAGAGUUGUAGAUGAAGCAGAGAAAGAAGCAAGUGAAGUUUUACAUUCACUUCUCUCUGUAGAAAGGAUUGAGAAACCAGAUAAUUUACAUAACAUCCAGCAUCAGGUGGUUGUGCUGAACAGUAAUGAUGAUAAUAUUCAGUGGGACAACGGAGGCCACUGCGGUGUGUACACACUUGAUGGUGGCCACCACACCUACAGCCACACCGAGAACACAGUGGUGUGGGAUAACACACUGACAUUAGAUGUGGAGACAACACCACCAUCUGACCACUAUGUUGUACCAGAAGCUAUACCUCAGCAAACACAUAUGCAGUCUGAAUCACCUAAAAAUCAAAGACUGAAUAGUAACAAAACUGGUGUGAAGAAAUCCAGUUAUAAAUGGCAGAAAAAGUCAGCAAAGCCUGCUGAGAGUACUCCAGAAAGUUCAGGAGAAGAAAUUAUUGUUGAAGGGGAUGGCGCAAGUGAUGUGAGACAAAGGUUCCGUAUGGGCUGUGAAUGUCAAGAUGUCAGCUGCUUUCGUGGUCUCAAUCCAGAUAGCGUUUAUAAGCAUCGGUUGAACAUUGCUGAAUUAACCAAAGAGGAGCAUGAUAUGUACCUGAUGGGUGUAACAAUGGCCUGCAUGUCUGACCCUGGUGUGACAGUAAAACACAAGGAGCGACGAAGACUUCGUGCUCAAUACGUGUACCAAGGCCGUCGGGUCUGUCUCUCCGCCUUCCUUUACCUGGAGAACUGUACCCUCUACCAGCUCAAGCGGAUACGGAAACAUGUUAUGACUCAUGGGGUCACCCCUAGAGUGCAUGGUAACCACGGAAAGAAGCCACAUAAUGUUUUUUCACUAGAGACGUACAGGCGGGCAACAGACUUUCUCAAGGGAUAUAUUGAACAGCAUAAUACAACCACUGGGAACUGCAAAAACACAGUUAUAUUUCCACCAGAAAUCAGUCGUAAAACAAUUCACAAUUUAUACCAAGAGUACAUGAAGACUUGUGCACCUGAAGAGAAAACUAUGGGAUACUCAACGUUUCGCCAUUUCAUGAAAGAACAAUUCCCACAUGUCAGAUUCUGUAAAGUGGAAUUAGGAUCCCAGAUUUGUAACAAUUCAUCAAACGUAACAUUGAAACAUCGAGAGCCUCAGAGUCACCGAGGGACCAACACAGAGGCAGUGUCGAUAUCUGAGACAGUGGCGGUGAUGCCUGCUCCUGUGACUACCAUCCCCGUUCUGAUACAGGAGCAGAGCAAGCCAUCCCAGACAUACAUUGUCACCCCUGUGUCACAGCUGGUGCAACCCUACCCUACUGGAGCCAUUACUGUCACUCCCAUCACUAACUAUGCAUUCACUACGCUUUGAACUCCACACACAAUUUCUUUUCUAAUCUACUUCAAUGUUCACCUAAAGUAGGUAGUCAAGAAAGGGUUCCAAAGUUUCUGGACUCGUAUGGAGUUGGUUCCUAUCUAAGACGUUAGUCUUUGAGGAAUAAUUUAAAUGAGUGAUUGAAUAGUCUUUAAAACAUUGUGAUAAGGUAAUCAAAUAAAAUAUUUGAUUAGUUGUUACCCCCGAAUAUGCCAGGAAUAUUUUACAGUAUAUUGGAACAAGGAUUCAUUAAAUAUAAGUAAAAUGAUUUCAUUACUUAAGCACCUGUCUGUAAAUAAUUUCUGUUGCCCAAGGACACCAGUAUUCUCUAUAUCUCAUUUAAAUUAUUUAUGUAAUGCUUUAAAGAACAGAAUAUGUGUAAUGAAAGUGUGUAUUUACAUUGGUAAAACAUGAAUAAAACUCUUUGAACAUGACUUAAAAUUGAUGACACGCAUCAUGAAAUCAAGUUCAAACGCUAUGAAGAAAGGAAACUCCUAAUCUCUAAGUUGGUUUAAAGGAUUUUAUAUUUAAAAAAUUUCAUGUUUUUCUUCAAAGAAUCUCAUUCUAACUAAAAAGAGAAAAAGGUUAGAUAGGUUUUACAUUCACAAAAAAACCAUACAAGCUCUGUGACACUUUGUAUUAUUUUUUAUUAUUACAUUAUUAAAUAGUAGCAUAAGAGGUAGCUUGAGUUUGAGCAUGUGAUGAGUUUAAACAAUAAUAGUCUAUAAUGGCCAGAAUGCUCUAUGAUUUUUAAUGAAAUAUAGUAAAUAUCAUUAGUUUCACCAAUGUAAUAGAGACUUGAGUAUUACUUUUUAACACUAAACUUUAGUAUUUAUUACAUAAGUAUUUUAUUGCAGAAAUUCUUAUAAUUCUGACUUGGUUUAAAGUAUAUUACUAAAUUAAUAUAAUAAACAAAUUACACCUAUAUUUAAAUAUUUGAAAAAUGAUUCUCAGAAAGUUAAAAUUCGUCAUUUUCUACAUAAACAUUAUAUACAAAAGCAAACUAGAGAUAAAGGUAAAGUUAAUGGUGUAAUACAGUAUUCUAUAUAAAAAUAAAAUUGUUCAAAUUCAAGUUCAAUGCUAUGACUGUCAUAAUUAAUGAAUUCAAUAAGAUUUUAGAAAUAAAAGUAAUGUUUAUCAUCCACUAUUCAUGAAAGAUGAGUAUAUUUUAAAGUAUUUCAAUUCUUUGUUUAAAGUUUGUUAUCGACGAUGGAAGGUAUGAUUCUUGGUGCGGACCCAGAACCAGUAAACAAAUCAGUUAAUUUGAAAACAGUUAAAAGUCAACUAAGCAUUCCAACCAUCUGACCUUUUUACAUAAAUGUAGGGAUAAAAAUCUAAUGCCUAAGGGUUUCUCUCACCCAUUUACAGCAAGAAAGCCAGCAAAAUAAUUUCAUAUGCAUCUAAAUCCUUACUUAAAGAAAGAAUUGCUCAUCACCACCGGGAAUAAAACAUCCUCCCAACUAGUAUUGAAGUUAAAACAAAAAUCCUCACAAAUUUAAUUGGCAUUGAAUUUACUAACAUCCUUCAGAGCAUCCAAGAUAGAUGUAAAAAAGUUUCAGAUUCAAUUAAGAAAAAAAUCUCUAAACUUGAAAAAAUUAGACCAACAAAAAAUUGAUCUCUCAACAACAAAAAUAUAAUACGGAUGGUGAAUUAAAUUCAAGUUUUAUUUUAGGAUGUUUUCUUUUAUUAGAUACAUUCUAUUUUGAAAUGCAAAAAAAUGUUAUUUUAAAUUUGAAAAGGUAUAUACUGUAAUUUUUUCACGUGGAACUUCUUGCAAGCGUAAAUUUUACAUCAGUACUUGUAAUAUUUUUUUUUGUUGAGAAAGUUUUAUAUGCACAUUAUUUAAAGUAGUAUAUUCUGAGAGACAGUUCAUCAAACUAAUUGCAGGAAUUUUUGAGAAGAUUGCCUAUUGGAAGAAAAACAAAAAUAAUAAAAAGCAAGUGUUAGCAAAUGCCUUUACACGACUUCUCCCGUCUAGGAAGUAGGUGCAAUGUCUCACAUGAUAAUAAAGGUUCUAAAGAGCUACGGAGAUACUACAAUGCAAGAGUAUGAUAAUAUCAAUUCUUGUCACUGAAUUUAAACUUUGGCUUUCCAUUCUAUUGUUUUUUUUUUUGUUUUUUUUUUUUUACUCAAUGAAUAAAAAUAUUUUAUGUUAAAAUCUCAUGUGAUUUUAGCUCAGUUUGUUUACAAAUUUAUUUAUUCUGCUAUUUUCUCUUUGCCAUCAUGAUUACCCAAAAAACCUAUUCAAAAAUACCUGUUAAUGCUCAGCCAAAUACCAUGGAAUGACAUGCACCAUCGUCAAACUCAGUGUUGCCUGUAUAGAAUUGAAGCUUCAUGCAAAGUUUCAAGUCAAUAGAUCAGGUUGUUUUUGAGAUAUCAUGCAUACAGGCAGACAGAAAUGACAUAUUUUCAGCUUUUUGAGUAAUAUGUUUUGUUAACUCUCAGUUAAUUAUAAAUAAUAAAAAGUUGUCAGUAAUCCUCUGAGCACCCUUUGUUAGUUAUUUAAGAAUAAACUGAGGACAGCUGAGUCUUAAUGCAGAUAUUAUGCAAAACAAUUCAUUAGAGAAAUGCAUACCAGUGUUUAUUAUUAUUAUUUGCGUUGGAAGUACAUAAAUAGGGAAAAGGAUGAUAGAAAGGGAAUUGUUACUCAUAAAACUGAUCUCUCUUAUUCCACCCAACAUGUACACAUGGGUGGUUUAUGCAAAUUUGAACAUCCUUCCCAAGAAUAGAUGACCUUGUAGGGUCACUCAUAGUCAAACAGAACAAGUUUAAAGAUGCCUUUUCUUUCCUUAUAAUUUACUUUUGUUCAAUUCUUUAGCUAAGGCAUUAAAACCUAAAAAGCAAAUUAAAAUUUGAAUUGAACUUUAUUUUUCAAAUACAGAAUACAGAAAUCUUUAUUCGUAUACAUGGAGUACAGAAUUGUGUCAAUAUAAUUUAGUUGUACAAUCAGGUAUUUAAAAAUUCUUCUAGGGUGUAAUAUGGUUUCUGCAGCAGCCAGGCCUUAAGUGCUGUCUUGAAGUACUUCUCAUCUCUGCGUCUCUUGAGGUCCUCUGGAAGUUGAUUGAAAAGUUUUCUCCCCAUGUAUGUAGGUUUCUUUUCAAAUAGGGUCAGGUGGUGUGUGGGGAGGGCAUAGUCAUAGGCGUUUCUGGUGUCAUAGCUGUGUGUGUCACCUAGCUGGUCAGGUUUCUGAGCUAUUGUGAAGCAGAUGGUCUCGCAGAUGUAGAGUGAGACAGCUGUCAAGAUCGCUAGUUCUCCAAAUGCCUGAUGGCAUGAGCCUUGAGGAGUCUGUCCCGCAAGAAUUCAAAUUGCUUUCUUUUGUAGAACCAGAACCCGCUCCCUGUUUCUUACUGAGGAGUUGCCCCACACGAGUAGUCCGUACCUCAGAUGAGGUUCAAAAAGAGAGAAGUAUGCUGUCCUGGUAGUAUCAUUGUUACAAGUACUUUUUACGUAUUCUUUUAAGGGCAUAGAUACUAGAAUUGAGCUUGCUGCAAAGACCAUCAAUGUGUGAGUUCCAAGAGAGAUUGUCAUCUAUUGUUAUGCCGAGAUACUUGGUUUCAUUAUCUUGGAUUAUUUCAGGUAAGCCAUAGUAGUCAUUGGUUCUUCGGCCUUUCCAUAUUAAUUGUUGUAUUUUGCUCUCAUUAAGAACUAGGUCAUUAUGUUGGCAGUAUUGCUUUGUCAUAUUCAGGGCUAUAAAUGAAUUUAUUUCAAGAGAUUCUGUGUCAUUUUUUGCAAUAAGAAGAGCGGUGUCAUCUGCAUAUAACAUAGCUUGGGCCCAGUCAAGAAGAUAGCUUGGUAGGUCAUUUGUCAGCAAUAUGAAGAGCACUGGUCCAAGUAUAGAUCCCUGGGGUACACCUCUAGUGAUUGGGAGUAAGGUUGAUCUUGCUUUAUGGGAUGUGUUGUUUCUGGUAUAAUUUACUUCCACUAGUUGCUGUCGAUCUUUCAGGUAGCUAGCAAGCCAGUCAUGUGAUGCUCCCCUAAUGCCCAUAUUCCCUACUUUUUGGAGCAGUAGAGAGUGGUUUAGGCAAUCAAAAGCCUUGCUGAAGUCUAGUAGCAUGGCGGUUGCUGUUGUAACUUCUUCAAGUUUCUCGAUAAUAAACUCUGUCAAUUGAACUAUAGCCGUGGUGGUGGAUCUUCCUCGUAAGAAGAAGCCAUGCUGUUGAGGCGUCAAGAUGGUUUGAGUAGUCAGAUGUGCUGUCAAUUGAUUCAGAAAGAUUUUUUCAAUUACUUUUGAUAUCGUUGGAAGAAUCGAUAUAAGUCUAUAGUUUUCCACUGAUGUUGUAUUGCCUUUCUUGUGGUUAGGAAAUACUUUUGCAAGUUUCAGUUUCAUAGGAAAGACACCUUGUGAAAAUGACAGGUUAAUUAUGUGACAUAAGGGAUUUGCCAUUUCAUCCUUACAGUGUUUUAGGAGUGUGGAAGAGACUUCAUCGACACCUGCGGCUGGUUUUGAUUUAAGGGAUGUGAGUAUAUGAAGGACUUCUUCGGGUGUGGUUGAGAGAGGGAUGAAGUCAGGUACAUCGCCAUAGUCUUUCCAUGUUGUUAGCUGAUUAUUUAUGGCCUGGUUAGCGUUACAGAGAGUGAUGUCAGCUAUUUUUGUAAAGUAAUGGUUGAAGUGUUCAGUUAUUUCCAAAGGGUCCUGGAUCAGUUUUUCAUUGAUUAUAAGUUUAAGUGGUUCGUCCUUUUUACUGUUAUUGCAUUUUUCGUAGUUAAUAACCUCCCAAACAGCCCUUUGUUUGUUAUGUGAGUUAUUAAUGAAGUCUGAGGUUGACUGUUUCCUCAGUUUUUUCAAGUAGAGGUCAUAGUUCUUUUUUCUGAUAGCUGUUUCUAUUUUAUCACCCUCACUGCCAGUUGUUAAUUCCAUUUCCAGGGAUCUUAGAAAAUGUUUUCUCAACCUUUCAGAUUCUUUAUUGGUUGCUUUGAAUUUUGAUUUUAUUUUCGGGCGGGAUUUUUUGUGUGGACAUGUUGCAUUAAGAGUUUGAAUGAGUAUUUCAUAAAAAUAUUCAUAGGAUUCUUCCACAGAAGGGGAGUUAUAUACAUUUUGCCAUGUCUCUAAAUGAAGCAGGUUUUUGAAGUAAUCUAGGUUUUUCUGUGAGAAAUGUCUAUUGGUUAAAAUGGGCAAAGGUAAUUUUUUGUUCGGAAUACUUAAUAAAUAUUUAAUACAGAAAUCUAAUUCUUUUUGGGAUAGGCCUAUAGUUCAGUUUCUACUAAGCUGCUGCAAUUGGUGUUAAUAUGGGUUAAAUAGUGCACAUUAACAAGCUAAUAGACAGGAUUUGAACCUGCACUAUCUCUAACUCAGAUCCAAAAUCCAACAUCUUGGACUGCUUGGGCAUUGGCACUCCCAUGGAUCUCUCAGUUCAUCUUGUGGCAAUGCAAAAAAGACCGAAGAAAGGAUAUUAAUUUUUACAACUUGUAUUUGGAAAGUAACGAUAAAGAUUUUUAUUUAUAGAGCAAUUUAAUUUUUAAAUGAUAAUUUAUAUUGCAAAAUGUUAUUUUCAAGUAAGUUUUGUAUUAAAAAUGUACUUAUACUUUUAUCAUGUAUUUUUUAAAUAUCACUGAAGUAUGCAUCAUACAAAAUGGUAAAACUUGUUGGCUUCUAUUUAUUUGGCCUAAAUUCUAUUUAUUUACUAUCUAGUUACCAAAUUACACAAAAUCCCUCCUACUGUAAUACCUGUAAUUUCUUAUUGAGUGGUACAAUACAAAUUUCCACUUUUUUAUCUUAGAGAAAUUUAAUUAAAUGGAGUGUAACUCGGUAACUAAAAUAAAUAUUUAACCAAAAUAGAUUGUACCACCUUAGUUUAAGUAUUUUCAGAUCCAGUACAUUUUAAUUUAAAACUAUUUAUCUUCAAAAUUGUAUAUUUUUGUUGUAAAGGACUUCAAAAAUAAUAUAAUAAUGGUCAAUUCCCAUUCAAAAUAUUAGCUGGUUUUACUUAAUUUACAAUUUGACUUAAAUUGUAUUAAUUAGAUACUCUAAAUUUAUGAAAUAAAUGUAACUUUUUAUAGGAAACUGAUUAUGUUAAAUGUCAGUUUCUACAACAAUUCUUUAAUAGAUGAUACGUGCAAUCUAAUAUCCAUUUCUCAGCAGAUAUCGUUACCAAUAAUUUGCUAGAGAAUUAAAAAAAGAUAACCUUGUUAAAACAUAAAUAUAUAGAUAAGUUAGGUUUUUUUAUGAAAUUGUUUUUUAACAAUGUAAUACCACAUCAUCAUUCAGUGAUCAUAAUUAUUUAAAUAUAGAUUUAAUGUGAUUGAAAGAAGUAUAAUUUAAUAAAUCCUAUUUUUCCAUUUUAUUAGACGAGUCACACUUUUUAAAACAAUCGACUGACAAGUGGACUUCUUUAUAAAAAAUAAAUAAAACAAGAUAUGUGACCAUACUUAAAUAAAACAAAGUCCCAACAUGUUCUUUAAUAUAACCAAGUGGUUGGGCCAUUGACCAACCUUCAACCUUUGAAUCCAAUUUGAGGUUCGUAAUAAGUGACAAAAUACAAUCAGAGAGAGCUGGUAUCGAUGGUAUCUCAUAAAUUGUUGUUUUUUAAUUACGCAUGUUUGUUUGAGUAAUUUAUGUUAAUAAGUUAUGAAUGACUAAAUUUUCACUUAUUGUAAGAACCAUUGAUAACCAAAACGCAAAUCUAUAGAGUACUUAAAUUCCAACAUCUAUUAUUUCUUAUUCACCUACAUGUGUAUAACACAUAAUGUAUGUACAACUGUUGUGUUAUUUAGUUUUAAUUAUGUAAAUUUAGAGAGUCAAUAUUUAUAGUUUGUGUCAUUUGUAUAUAUAUAUAUAUUUCUGAUGUGUACAUUUAUCUUGUCUUAAUAAUCAGGAGCUAAUUAUCCUGGUCUGUAUUCAGAUCCCAGAAUGGCAAAGACAAAAUGUUAUCUGUGAUAAAUAUUGUAUUGUUAGAGAUUUGAGUGUUAAAAUUAUCUAAGUUAUCUCUUAAAUAAAGUUUUAUACCAUUA